UCCUACACUACUACACAAGUGACAGAAACACUGUCAAUAUUCGUUAUUAUUAUCAGUUUAUAAACAACAUCUUGUCACAAGUUUACAAAACGUCAAUAUUUUUUUAUUUUAAUUAAAAAAUAUUUAUUUAUACCUAACAGCUAGUUAAUCCAAAGAAAAUUGUUUAUCGCUUAUUUAGUUAUGUCUGAUAGAACGUCAGGCAAUUCUGUAUCGACAGUAAAAAAUCUAAUAACUAUUAAAGGUUUAGACUUCAGUAUAAUGCCGGAUGCUACACGACAUGCUUCGAUAUUCCAACCUGAACCGAAAAUGGCAAUACCCACUGAAGUUCCCAGUAGUACUCGAUCUGCAGAGGUUGAUGAUUUUGGUACUUGUCCGAUCAGCGGCUAUGGUACUACGAUAGUUAGAAGUGAAUAUUAUUCAAAACUGCAAAAGGAACAGAAGUGUGAUUUGUAUGAUAGCUAUGAGAAUUUUAGCAAGAUAUUUAUAGACGACAUACUCGAUGGAGCUGCAGAACAUAUUCGAUUAACUCAAAAAAGAGAUGUAAUAUUCGGCCCAAAAAAAUUUUCGGUGUCCCAGAAACCUUUUGUCUGGCCAACAAUAAAAGAAUUCGGCGAAAAAAGGAUAGGAUUCAAGAUUGUGCAAUGGAUUGACUCAACGGCCGAUGUUACAGAAAACUGGCUAUACUCAGUCAUGAUGGUAUCUAAAACUGCUAAUCACGUAAGUGACUUUUACAAAUACGAAGCCAUAUUUUCCCUACCCACCAAAUGUUACCCAAUAUCUCAAGCAACUGCAAGCGUUUUCUUUCUGAUCGAGGUUUCUAGAGUCAUGUCAGAAGUAUGCCCAGUCCACGUAACUUUUCAGUUAGAGUCCUUUUCCACUCAGCUGAGUCCUAAAACACACGUUAUAACGGAUGCUCUGCUCUUUAGGGUAAUUGAUGCGAAGAUAAAAGUAUUUAAAAGCUUUUAUUUUUAAAUAUAUAUUCUUAUAAAUAAAAAAUAAA